UGGCAGUGAUGCUUGAUUAUGGUUUGUUUCAGGCGCAGGCACAGGUCAAGCAGCAGCUCCUCCUACGGCUCCAGAAGGAAAAGAAGUCGCAGUCGUUCCAGGGGCCGAGGAAAAUCCUAUAGAGUUCAAAGGUCUCGGUCAAAAAGCAGAGCCAGAAGGUCCAGAUCGAGACCUCGUCCACGCUCCCAUAGUCGAAGCAGUGAAAGAUCCAGUCACAGAAGAACUCGCAGUAGGUCCAGGGACAGAGACCGACGUAAAGCCCGGGACAAAGAGAAGAGAGAAAAGGAGAAGGAUAAAGGCAAGGACAGAGACGUGCACAGCCUCAAACGCGGGUGAGUUGA